UUUGCCCCGGGCUCGCACGCGGGACACCGAGGCUCCAGCGCCUGCUACCCCUACUCCUGCUCAGGUCGCCCCGCGCUCCCAGCCUCUCCCCAGCAGGUCUUUGCCGGCCUGUGCCCUAGUCCUGAGCAGUGUGGCUAGAUGGAAGACCGUGGAAGUGCCUGGGCUUGAACUAAACCUAAGAUAGCAUUUAGGUGUCUUAGCUGUCCCCCAAGACCGCCUGUGCCAAGCGCAGCAUGGGUGGGGGGCUGAUUGAGAGAUAUGUGGCCGCCAUGGUGCUGAGCGCAGCUGGAGAUGCCUUGGGAUACUUCAAUGGGAAGUGGGAGUUCCUUCGGGAUGGGGAGAAGAUACACCGGCAGUUGGCCCAGAUGGGUGACUUGGAAGCCAUAGACGUGGCACAGUGGAGAGUCAGCGACGACACGGUGAUGCACCUGGCUACAGCAGAGGCACUCCUGGAAGCCGGCACAUCCCCGAGCUUGGCUCAGCUGUAUUCCCUUCUAGCUAAACAUUAUCAGGACUGCAUGAGAGACAUGGAUGGCCGGGCGCCAGGUGGUGCUUGCAUGCAGAAUGCCAUGCAGCUGGAGCCCAACAGGCCUGAUGGCUGGAGGAUCCCCUUCAACACCCACGAGGGUGGCUGCGGAGCUGCUAUGCGUGCCAUGUGCAUCGGGCUGAGGUUCCCUCACCCUAGCCAGCUGGAUAUGCUAAUCCAAGUGAGCAUCGAGAGUGGCCGGAUGACCCACCACCACCCCACAGGCUACCUGGGAAGCCUCGUGUCGGCUCUUUUUACAGCGUAUGCCGUGAAUGACAAGCCACCGAGGGAGUGGGGAAGAGGGUUGAUGGAGGUGUUACCAGAAGCCAAAAACUACAUUGUCCAGUCAGACUACUUUGUGGAGGAAAAUCUCCAACACUGGUCUUACUUCCAGAAAGAAUGGGAAAAGUACCUGGAACUUCGAGGGAUUUCAGAUGGCAGGUCAGCUCCCGUCUUCCAGAAGCCCUUCGGGGUGAAGGAGAGGGAUCAAUUCUACAUCUCCCUGAGUUACUCUGGCUGGGGCGGCAGCAGUGGACACGAUGCCCCCAUGAUCGCCUAUGAUGCCCUCCUGGCUGCGGGGGAUUCCUGGAAGGAACUUGCACACAGAGCCUUUUUCCACGGCGGAGACAGCGAUUCCACAGCAGCCAUCGCCGGCUGCUGGUGGGGAGUGAUGCACGGUUUUAAAGGAGUCAACCCUUCUAACUAUGAGAAACUGGAGUACCGACAACGGCUGGAAGAGGCAGCACGGGCUUUAUAUUCUCUUGGGUCAAAAGAAGACACUGCAUUUGGCCCCUAGGAGAGGGUGGUGUUUUCUUUUCCUUUCUUUUCCUGGUGACUUCUUUCUCCAUAGCCGUGGUUCUGCUCAGUCUAUUCAAGUAUUCUCAUCUCAUGCUCAGACUUUAGCAAGCACAAGUUCCUUGGGCGCCCUUAGCCCUGCCUUCUCACACGCUUUUCCUGUGUUCCCACGCUUCCCUCCUCUCCCCGGGUUCAUCUCUGUGUUUGAGAAUCUUUUUAUUUCACUUGAUGGUGUCAGCUUUUCCCCUUCCAGAAGCACCUUGUAUUUGAAUCUUUGUUUUUGAUUAUAGAAUUGUU